GAACCAGAGAGGGAGCAAUUUCGACUGUCUGAGCUCCUAUUGAUUUUGCUAUAGACAGUUGAAGGCGAACGCCAGGACGCGGAUGCAAUCUACUAUAUGGGGUUCAGACCUCCUCUUCCUCUGUCCUCCUGCUAACUGGCUAUGCCAACAAAACAGCACCUAAAGAAGGGCUUCAAGACUAAACUAUUUGUUGUGGAAUUUUGGCUCAGGUUUUUCAGCUAGACCAAGCAUCUACUCCUCAGCCCCAGGGAUCAUGGCCAAAGAUGCUGGUCUGAUUGAGGCCAAUGGGGAGCUGAAGGUUUUCAUUGAUCAGAACUUGAGCCCUGGCAAAGGUGUGUUGUCUUUAGUAACGGUGCAUCCACAGUCAGUGGCAGUCGGAAAACAGCUGUUGCCAAAAACACUGGGCCAUUCCAACGUGAACAUAGCACCACAUAUGCUCAUAAGCACACCUCAGAGGCCCAGUGGCUCCAAUGUGAUCCUAAUGAACAGCCCGCACACACCCAGCUCUCAGUUUAUCACCCCGAGUCAACCAUCAGAAGCCUCUCCAUGGUCCACAGGAAAGAGGUGUAAGAAGGGGGAGAAGAACGGGAAAGGCCUCAGGCAUUUCUCCAUGAAGGUUUGUGAGAAGGUCCAGCGGAAGGGUGUCACAACCUACAAUGAGGUUGCAGAUGAACUUGUAGCUGAGUUCAGCUCUGGUGAUAAUCUCAUAUCCCCUAAUGAUGCGCAUGUGUAUGACCAGAAGAACAUUCGACGGCGUGUGUACGAUGCACUCAAUGUGCUGAUGGCCAUGAACAUCAUCUCCAAAGAGAAAAAGGAGAUCAAAUGGAUUGGCCUGCCCACCAAUUCUGCUCAGGAGUGCCAGAACCUAGAGGUGGAGAGGCAAAGACGUUUGGAGAGAAUCAAACAAAAACAGUCACAACUCCAAGAACUAAUUUUACAGCAAAUUGCCUUUAAGAACCUUGUACAGAGGAACCGCCAGAGAGAACAACAGAAUAAAAGGCCUCCACCUGCCAACUCAGUAAUUCACCUGCCAUUUAUCAUCGUCAACACCAGCAAGAAAACAGUCAUUGACUGCAGCAUCUCUAAUGACAAGUUUGAGUACCUCUUCAACUUUGACAGUAUGUUUGAAAUUCACGAUGACAUCGAGGUAUUGAAGCGCAUGGGCAUGGCCUGUGGUCUGGAAGUGGGCAAGUGCUCUGCUGAGGACCUGAAGACUGCCAGGAGCUUGGUGCCCAAAGUACUGGAGCCCUAUGUCACAGAGAUGGCACAGGGGCCUAUCAGUAAUGUCUACAUGACAGGGGCGCCAUCUGCUAAUGGAGGUCGCUAUCAUAUUGGGAGCGACGGUGGGGCUGACGGCACAAUGGCCUCUAGUUCUAAUGACUCCCACUACAGUGGCUCUCGGGUCGAGACUCCUGUCUCCUACAUGGGUGAGGAUGAUGAUGACGAUGAUGAAUUUGAUGAAAAUGACGACGAAGACUAAGCCUGUCCAUUGUGCACAAGUUCUUCCAGCUGCCAUGUCAAGGAGGAUUGAUCAACCACACUUCCUUUUACUCUUCUUCAACUCUGUUUAUUUCGCUCUCUAUCUGAGAAGGGCAUUGAAAAACACAGGCUUUAAUUGGAUGAGUUUUUUCAUCCUGGUCUUUCAGAGCUCAGGACAAGCACAUCAUUGGCUGUGUGCUUUUUCUGCUGGGAAUUAUAGUUUUCAGCUGAAGAACUUUGCUGAAGUUUAGAGGAGUCACCCUGUUGCAGCACUCCAGCUGGACAUUAUCUGCUCUGAAACCUUCCCUCCUGAAGAAAACCCCUCUUGCAUACAGCUGUGUGCUGUUGGAAAAUGUUGUGUGAUCUCUGUGUGAAAUAGUUCUCUUUGUUUGAAUGAUCAGUUUGUUUUUGAACGUGCUGGCUUGAAUUGCAUUCUGAUUAUUCGGAAUGGCUUCUGCCUUGUAGACUAACAAAUCAAAGAACCUACAAAGCCGGCUGCUAUUUUUUGCCCCUUACAGGGCAGGUCUGUGGAUGUGUGGACUCUUUUUGUAUGCUGACCUGAUGAUUUCUUGCAGGCUUUUUUUGUAGAAUUUCCUCCCAUGCGUGUUUGGCUCCUUGGCGUUCUGCAGAGUGUUGCUUUUUGGAGGACUCUUGAGAAGUCAGUCAGUUUUGUUUGUUUGUUCUCUUUUGGCUUUGGAGCUUCAUAGGCCAUCCUGACCUAGAGACACCAGAGGACUUCAGAGAAAUCUUCAGUACGAUAAAGCAUUUAUAGGAAAAAGAAAUGCUUUGUUUCUUAAUCACAUGAUAUCAAAUGUUCUGAAGAUUAGUUUCUUGUGUCCUCUCCACGUCAGUAAUACCUUGGAGUGUGUAAGAUUGUUGUGUAUUAAAAAGAAAUGGGCUUUAGUUUUUUCUGGACUUCCCUUUGAAAUUUUCCAAAACUGAAUCCUUGUACUGACUCCUCAAAGUAUCUUUUCUGUAUUCUAAUAUAAGUUUCAAAUUUAAAUAUAUAGAAUGUUUUAAGAACUCAAACUCAAUGUGUUUAUUUGCGACACUAAUGUAAUACUACUAAUUUCAAUAAACUUUAUUUUAUAUA